UCAUGCUGAUUGACUUGGUUUCCCAAAUCAUCUGGUUUCUCUCCUAUGACUAGAGGACUGAAGAAUGGAGUAAUGAAUGCUUAAUUCUUCCUUAAUAGAGAUUGCAGAAUUUUUCAGACAACUCUCCAUUUUCCAUCCAGAACUCUCCUUGGUUUCUGCUCCAUGGAAUAUCAUGGCCCUGACAGUUAGGCACCUCAUGGUCCUCUCCUGCACAGUUUUCAGCUUCCCUUUAUAUGUUGUCUCAUCCUUGAAGGCAAGGACUGACUUUCCUUUUCUUAUCUGAAUCUCUAGCACUUCGCACAGUGUCUAGCAUUUAUUCAAUAAACGUUUUUUGACCUGAAUUGAACUAUGGAAAGAGCUGCUCAGGCCUGUCCUUUGGGAGGUGAGGGCUAGGAAUGAGCUGUAAUGGAAGCAGACCCUUGCUUGGGUCUCCUGAGCCCCUGACCUCCCUAGGGCCCUGGAUUUGAAUUUGAAAUGGGAAAGAUCUCUCUAUCUGACUGUCACUUGGUCUGAAGAAAGGCCACUUCUUUUGGCAGCUGAGUGGAAGGAUGGGCUGGAGGGAGGAGAGACUUGAGGGAGGGAAGGAGACCAAUCAGCUGGCCACUGCAGUAAUCGAGGCCUGACAUGAAGGCUCAUAGCAUGGUGAUGGUAGUGUCAGAGGAGAAAAGGCAGCAUCUAUAAGAAUGGGAAAGUAGAAUGGGAGACAUGACGAGCCUCAGCAGCCCGUUGGGUGUACAGAUGAAAGAAGUUAAUUUUGUUCCAUUUAUUGAACAGAAGUUGGGUGAGCCUCGGAGCGUAAGAGGUGACUGGAUUUGUCCUGCUGGAGACAGAGAGUGGAAAGAACUCACAUUUUGAAGUUUUUUUGAAUGUUAGUUCAGCCACUUACUUAUUCAUACAUGACCUAGGACAAAUCAUUUUCUCUGGGCAUCACUUUCCUCAUUUUAAAAAAUGAGAUCAUUGAUCUACCUGACCUCUAAGGUUAUUUCUAUCUCUAGACAGAGAUGGGAUCUUACGUUUUUUUCUGAACCUUAUAAGAUGCAGAGAAGAACACCUAUUUUCUUCAAAUUUACACCUAGCCCUAGGAGGUGAGUAAUGGGUCGUUUUGGGUUCUGAGCUGAUCUAGGUGGCUCCAACUUCCAAGCUGGCCCAAUGUCUCUCCAGACAGGCCCAUGGGUCUAGAAGGGGUCGUGGAGUGCUUAGAAUGUCUGUGGUCACAGGGACUCGUUUGUGAGGUGGCCUAUAAAGGCUGACUUAGAAUUCUUGGAAUCGGGAUUCCGUGAGGAUCAGGCAUUGGGUCAGGAAGGCAUAAUGAAUGAGAGUAAACCUGAAUGGACACAUUGGGACACAGAAUCAGGCAGGCCAGUGAACUUUGUCAAGGGUGGUGGAUUAAAAGAAUCCUAUGGAAGGCCAGAAGAAAAAGUACUCAUCAAUCGUCGGGAGGUCACAAUUACGAGGGAUGCUUGGGACAUGCAGGAGUUCAUCACUUACAUGUACAUCAGACAACUCCUUCGACAUCCAGUCUUCCAGGCAUUGUUGGCCAUACUCCUGGUGGCUAAUGCCAUUACCAUCGCUCUGCGCACUAAUUCUCACCUUGGCCAGGAAAACUAUGAGUUGUUCUCUGCCAUAGAUGACAUUGUGCUUACGAUUCUCAUGUGUGAGGUUCUGCUUGGCUGGUUUAAUGGUUUCUGGAUCUUUUGGAAGGAUGGAUGGAACAUGCUCAACUUUGUGAUCGUCUUUGGACUGGUCUUGGGACUCUUCUUUGAUAUCUUUGAUAACAUUGCCAUCACCUACACCUUGAGAGCACUGAGAUUGAUGCACGUAUGUAUGGCAAUAGAACCCUUGGCCCGAAUUCUCCGCGUCAUUAUACAGUCUUUGCCCGACAUGGCUAACAUCAUGGCGCUCAUCCUCUUCUUCAUGCUGGUUUUCUCCGUUUUUGGAGUCACCCUCUUUGGCUCCAUGGUCCCUGCCCAUUUCCAGAACAUGCAAGUAGCCCUUUACACCCUCUUCAUCUGCAUCACCCAGGAUGGCUGGGUGGACAUCUAUGAUGACUUUCAGAUGCAAGAUAGGGAAUAUGGGCUAGAGAUCGGAGGUGCUGUUUACUUUGUCAUCUUCAUCACCAUUGGUGCUUUCAUUGGUAUUAACCUGUUGGUGGUUGUCGUGACUACAAACCUGGAAGAGAUGAUGAAGACUCAGGAAAAGGAGAAUCAGGAAGAAAUUACUACUUUUUCCGGCCUGGAGCUGUCCAAAGAGGACUACUUAAGCACGGAGAAACCAGAGCUUCAGCUGGUGCACUGUCAGGAAUGCCUCACAGAUUGGAGUGGAACAGCGAAGCAGGAGCCACUGUCUGGAGGGCCCAUGGAGAACCUGAACGAGAACACUUGCGAUAACUUCUGCCUGGUGCUCGAAGGCAUCCAGGAGAACCUACGGACGUACAAGAAGAUCCGGGAGGAGCUCAACAGCCUGGUGGAGGAGGUUCGAUCUAUCCGCUUCAACCAGGAGCAUGAGGAAGAGGUAAUGCAUCGGAGUUGGAAGCGGAGCCUCUCUCAGGAUGACAGAACCUCGGUGCACAGCCAAGACGUCCUCACUGCCCUCAUAAACAAAGAUAAGGCUCAGGAAUCCUCCACUAUGCUUUAUGGGAAGCUCAAGACGAAAGGAUGAAAGGGCAGGACCCAGAACAGAAUCAGCUGCACCCACCUGACCUUCCUGAACUGCCUGCACCCAUCCGACCUCUUGGAUCUGCCUGCAGAUCGGGCAUGACCGCAAAAAGACCCUCCUGCUCUCCCUCCUCUCCCCACCACUUCCCCACCCUGGGAUUGCAGUCACUGUUCUUCGACAGUUAUUUCUUCCUCAGAGCUCCAGAUGGGCACAGAGGCCUAGAAUAGGGAGGGCAGGAUACCUGGGUCCCACACCCACGCUCCCACUCCACCAGGUGCCAAGGAGAAGGGUCAAUGAGGGAGCCUAGAGCCCUGAGUGUGAGGCCUUGGGCCAAGAAGAGAGUUCAAGUAGAGAACAAUCUGGCCUGUGGUGCUGGAGAGAAGGGCUCUCUUGGGCUGGAGAUAGGGUGACCAGGCUCCUAACUGGGGCACCUCGAGCUUGGCGCUGAACAUUACCAGGGCGCUUAGGAUUAAGAAUAAAGUGGAGUGUUUUAAGGUGAGUGUCUGUCUGCUCUGUUACCCUUCACAGCCCUCUGAGGUAAGCCCUAGCCUCAGGUGGGAGGGGGCAUGCUUAGAGGACACAGUGUUGGUACUAGAGGCAGAAGACCUGGGUUGAGGCAAGUCAUUUAACAAUUCUGUUGGCCUCAGUUUCCUCGUCUGUAAAAUGAGGGGAUUGGACUAGAUCCUUUAAAUAAGGGGGUUAGAUGAGGUCCCUUCCAGCUCUUAAGCCUGUCAUUCUCUGAAUCAGGCUCUGUCUCAUUACUAUUCAUUCUUUUCCAGCAGAUAUGUGGCUCCAAGGCUGCUCACCGUCUUGUCUCUUUUUUUACAGCUGUCUUUUAGAGCUCUGAGGAGGCAAAUGAGGAAGGGGAUCUGGGGCAUAAGUAAAGCUUCCUGUUGUGUGCUAUGCACUGGGGCUCCAGUACAAAGGUGAAAAGUUCUGGCCCCUCAGGAGCUUUCAUGCUCCUCAGGGGAGACAACCCAUAAAAAAGAGUUGGGAGGGGAGAAGGGAUUUUAAGGAAAGGAAGGGUAUGGUGGCAUGAUCUGGAGAUGGCAAAAGGAAGAGGUAUGUCUGGUGGUUUGGUUCUGAGCAAGAUGUGUUAAUUUUCUUAAGGCUUUUAUUUGUUAGAACCCAAGGGAAGGUUCUUUGCAGGGGCAGAAGUCAUCAUCAGAAAGUAACCGAUAUUUUUAAAAAAGCAAUAAAACCUUUAAAAACAAAAAAAUUAGAAAACUUUAGAUUAAAAUACUUCCAAAGUCCCUUUGACUUCCCAAAUCUAUGAUUCUCUAAGCUUUACUGUGAAAGGUCAGGUCCUGGGGAUCCAACAAGAGGACAAAGUCUCUUGAUUUCCUUGUUGUUGAUCACUUGUUUCAAGUGGUGUCACACUUUGUGACCACAUUUGGGGUUUUCUUGGCAGAAACACUCAAGAUGUUUGCCAUUUCCUUACCCAGUUCUUUUACAGAUGAGGAAAACGAGGCAAACGGGGUUAAAUGAUUUGCCCUUGAUCACACAGCUAAAUAACAGUUUUAGUUCAGUGGAAGUUGGAAAUCAGAUUGUAGAGGAUGAGAGUGAAAGAGAGGUAAGGAAGCAGAUACCUUUUAUGUGUUUGGCUAUGAAAUAAAAUGAUAAAUGGAGUGAUAUGGAUGGUAACCUGAGGGGAAAGCAAAGUGAAGGGAACAAUUUUUAAGAAUAGAGGAAACGUGGGAAUGUGUAUAAAUAGCAAAGAAGUUAAUGGAUAAAGACAGACUUAAGGAGAGAGACCAAAAGAAAAAGUAAUGGGAGUAACUAAAGAGGCAAAUUCUUGGAUGAGAUUAGAGGUAGGGGGGAUCAAGAGAAGAAGACUGGCUUCUUCAUUGUCAGAAGUAAAGGAGUAGUAAAGUAAAGUACACGAAGUAAUAGGAGAGAAUUAGGGAUAAUAUCGAGUUCUGAAAUGUUGUGGGAAUUGAAAUACACUAACUCCAUUUCAUGACACAAUUCUAGAUUUAGCUCAGUUCCCUUUCUAUUCAAUUAUGGGGCUAGUCCAAUUUCUGUCUUGUGAGAAAACUUUAUUCAAUUGUGGGAAUUGUGAGAAAAUGUCAUUACAUUGUUGGAACUUAAUUCUAUGUGUCUGGAAAGCUGGAGCAACUCUAUUUGUUGCUAAGAGAUCUGUAAUUAGGGAUCUAGGUUAUGCUGGCCAGAAACUCGGUCAUAUCUGAAGAUUGAUGCAAGGAAUUUUCUCACAGAUUCCUUUGAGGAAUCCAUAUGUUUUAUCUAAAAACUAGCACCAUCCUUGUCAAUCAGUUACUGUUUCUAUGUUCCUUUGAUUAAAUACAGGCACUUAUAGGGAGCAGGACACCUCUUUUUCUGAUUUCAGGGAAUUGCACCUGUCUGCUUUCCCUCUUCCAACUUGGAAUGCUCCUAAUCUCUGAUUAGAAAUCAGAUUGCCUAAUCUUCUAUUGUAGUUUAUAUCAUAUUAGUUGUUUUCUAUAUCCUAUUCAUUGUUUUUUAAUUCACAAAAAUCUGUCUCCCUCACCCCAUCCCCACCCCCAUUAGAGAUCCAGUGCCAAGCUGAGGAAGCCUGGUCCUGAACUGUUAUGCAUUGCUCAAUAAAUCAAUUUGCCCAGAAGCUGGAACUUUUGUUUCCUCCGUUAUUUCAGAUUUCACCCAUCACAGUUUUGAUGAGCCAACUAAUUAGAGUAAGGACUCUGACCCCAUGGAAUGAUAGCCUUCCAGGAGAAACUCCCUUGAGCGAUCCAGACUUUUUUCCUGGGACUUUGUGGAAGGCUGCCCCUAGAGAUCAGAUUUCUUCCUCAAUUUCAGAUUCUUCUGAGCUAAAAGUUUAUCCCCAUACUGCUUAGGAAGGUUUUCCUCUACCUUGCUAGAAAAAAGAUGCUCUCUUUUAGGGAAUGAUGAGUUAAGAGAUACUCUCUUUAAGAGAACAUUGGACUUCAGUAAUACUAAAAUACUAGAAACAUAUCCCCUUAAAGGGAAUGGUGAGUUCAGGUAAUAGUAUAAUACCAAAAAAUUCCUCUUUGGACCAAAUUUCCUCUGGCAUGAAACCAUGAGAAGAUUAUGCUAUUAUUAAACUGACAUUCACUUAGGGAAAUUCUUAUUGGAUUGGAACUUUCCAUAUAGGAAUGAAGGCAGUGACUGAAAGAACUCUCAAAUUGUGCUAAACUAUAUAAGAAUCCAAAUGAGUCCCAAAUUUCAUAGCAAAUAAAAGUUUUGAAAUUAGACUUUCCAUAGGAAAUAAGGAAGUUAGCAAAUCGGUAUCAUCAUUUUGUUUGUUUCUGUUUCUUUGUAGAAUGCUGGAAAAUCUAUGUCUUGUGUCAUGUUUAGCGUUUUUUGUAGAUUCUGCUAGGAGGGCAGCUAGUUUGAAAGUAAUCCCAGAGUGAAGAAGAAAAAGUAAGGAAGCAGUUUGCAUAUGAAAUUUAUCUGAAACUUAAAUAGCUGACUCUUGCUAACCCUUUCUUGACUAGGAAAAGAGAAAGGUUUGUUUACAUCAGGGAGCAACUAAAAUGAGUAAAAUUUAAUUAAGGAAUGGGAAGUGUAAUUUAAAACAAUGAAUGGCUCAGGAGGAGGGACCACCUAUUCCACCCCCACUAUCCCAGUGAUCUAGACCCUGGAGAGAUAUUCAUAAUGACAAGGAGAGGCAAGAUAACCGGAAACUAGGAAUGUCUAUUAGGAAGGCUGAAGCAGACUUCCGGGUAAUCAUGGCUGCAAUCUAGACACCACACGCUUCCUCUCCCCGGCACCGAACGAAAUAGACUACAUCAAAGGAGCAUAAAAAUCACCUUUGGAGGAACAGGAGGACACCCCAGUACUCCCAGUACUCCACAGAGGCGAAGGUACGUGGGGCUUGAACAUUUCCACACUAUAAUAAGGAGGAAAAGCUUGCACAGAAAAGUGAACUGAGCCGCCCUUCCCCCACCCCACCUCCCCCACCAAACCAGAGUGAGCUACCUGAGCGCUCACCGGGACAGCGAGUGAGUGGGGAACGUCUCUGUCUGGGGGGGGGCACUCCAGGGUCCUUGGGAUCUGGGGACUGCCAGGAAAAAACGUCUCAGGGCGGUUUAACUGGAGAAUCCGGCGCUGAUUUCGGCGGUCGGGAGCUGAACACCUGGGCAGUGUGGCUGUGAUCAGGGACCCAGCGCUCUAAGAAACCUCGGAGGCUGGGAAGAACUAGUCUGAAGCAACCUAAAUUCACAGAAAAACCGCCCAUAUAACCCAGACCCCAGACCAAAAAGGAAAGGGGAAUAAAACCACCAAAGGGAUGGCUCACAUGGCCCAAAAUCAAGCCUCCAGGAAGAAAGGGAAAAAAGUGACUAUUGAAAACUUUUAUGGUGGAAGUACCCAAGGAAAAGAGAAGAAUGAGGAGGAAAUCCAAAAAAAAUCAGAACAUGCCUCCCAAAAUGGAAACUAUCAACAAGCUCUGGAAGAUCUCAAACUGGAACUUAUUCAAAAGAUGGAAACCUGGAAAGAAAAAUGGGAGAAAGAGAUCAGCUGUCUGACAGAUAAGAAUGCUCAAUUGGAAAAAGAACUCGAAGCAUCCAAAAGAAGGGCAGACAAGGCUAAAAAGCAAAAGCAGUCCCUAAUGACCAGAAUUAAGCACCUCAAAGAAAGCGAGAUGAUAAGACAGCAAGAAUCAAUAAAGCAAACCCAAAAAAUUAAUGAAUUAGAAGGAAGGCUGAAGAGUACAUUUGAAUCUUUCGAUAACAAAAUUUUAUAAAUUCCAUCAUAAAAUUUAUGGAAGUGUGAAAGUGCUACCACAAACCUUUAAAAAACGAACCAGUUAGUUUUGGACUCAAAAUUUUAAAGUACAGGUGACUAAUAACCAUGGAAAAUUGAGGUUUUGAUUUUGUGCUGGUAAAUCUAGACUUUGUUGGUUGAGAUUUGUCCUAUUUCUAAAUUAUGAAGUGGUGAAAUGUGUUCUAUUAAUUGUGACAUCAGAGAAAAAAAUUAUUAGCUAUGUGAUCUUAAGCAAGUUAUCUUAGUUCUAUUUAUCUCAGUUCCCUGAUGUGUAAAGAAGAAAAUAAUAGUGCCCACUUCCCAGAUUGUGCUAAGGAUCAAAAUGAAAUAGUCAUUUCAAAGUGCUUAACACAGUGCCUGGCAAAUGGUAAGCAGUAUAUAAAUACAACUAGGUGGUGUAGUGGAUAGAGUGCUGGGUCUGAAGUCAGGAAGACUCAUCACUUAUUAGCUGUGGGACCCUGGGAAAAUCACUUAACCUUGUUUACCCCUCAGUUCCUUCAUCUGUAAAAUGAGCUGGACAAGGAACUGGCAAACUACUCCAGUAUCUUUGCCAAGAAAACCCCAAAUGGGAUCACGAAGAGUCUAAUACAACUGAAACAACUAAACAACAAAUACUAUUAAUGGUUAUCACUUUUUUGAUUGUAUAUAUGAUGACUCUAUACCAGAUUUUAGAUGUGAUUAUUAUAAAAUGCCAAACAUGAUAAAAUGAAUGAUUUUCUAUGUAAGAUAAUUUGUAUAUGCAUUUGGUUGAAUUGACAUCAUCUCAUUGGAAAUAAGUUUUAUUUCAUGUUUAAAAUAAUGUUUAAAAUGGUAUUGUGUAUGUGAUUAUUGUGUUUCUAAAUUCUCUUUUAUUGCGAUAUUUGAAAAUCCAUUGCAUCAGAAAUGCUGUUAGGAAGAUAACUUCUCUUUUAGUUUAGAUGGUCUUAGAUUACAAAUCAAGCUGCUAAAAUAAUGUUAAAAAAAAGUAGAUAUUUGGAAACUUAAAUAUUUAAUGAGGCAUAUUUUGGUUUUAAAGAGAUAAUUAUAAUAAUAAUGAUUUACUGUUGGAGGUAAGGAGUUGCAUGGACCCUUUAAGGUAGCCUUAUUUGUGAUAUCCCUUGAAACUGUAUUCAGGCAAGGUCAUCAGAGCUUACUGGGUCUACUGACAGCAUAUUGCAAAAUCUAAAGUACUGAAGUUCGAGAACCUAGCACUGAGAAAAUAGGAUCCUCUCUCUCCUCUGGGGAUAGUUUAUGAGUAUACUAUAACAAAGUGAAUUUUCAUUUGAAUCAUUUUGACUUUCACUUAAAAAAUUAUGAAAAUGUAUAGUUUAAAGAUGUAUUUUCAAUAAUUCAAUAAUGUAUAUUCCAUACAUUAAAAUCUUAAGUAUCAGAUCGAUUAUGAAGGUAACUUCAAUACAUUAAUAUCAGUAAACUAUUCAUUCACUGUAUAUCUGAAUCCCCAGAAAAUUGAUUAGUUUUAAUUUAUAAGUAAAGAAUAAGUGACAUGUACCUAUUGGGGAAACAUGAGAAAAUUAAUAAUAUUUAAGCCCAAAGCUGUGAUUAGUGAAAUUUUGCUAUUUGAGGCAAAAACUAUUGGGGCUAUAAUAUUGUUUUGAGUCUUAAUUACAAGGAUGGUUAUCUGAACUGUUAUAAAGUCAAUAGGAGAAAAUGGAAUACUCUGCAGUCUGAGAACUACUACAAGUGGAUAUCUAUCCCUGGGAAAAGUUGAGGACCUUUGCAUGGCCUAAGGUAGAAUCCUCUUGAUUCACUUUCCCCAUUGUGCUACUUCCUUUCUGAACAGCAAAUGUCUCCACCUGGUUAAUCUUGAGCCUGGUUUUAAAUAUCCUGUGAAUAGUGUAGAACUUUACCAUACAAUUGAUUGGUUGUCAUGGUCUGAUUCCUACCUGGAAUCAAACAGAGUUAAGAGAGUUUUUGUCUUUGAAGAAAUUAAAUCAAUUCUGUAUCAUUUUAUAAUGGAUUUUAUCAUUUUAUAAUUGAUCCUAUUCUAUAUUACUGCCCCUUUUUGUAUGAUUGUUCAAGCAUUGCUAAAUCCUUGAGCUCAGGAAUCUAGUUUUCCCUCUGAGUAAGCUUAAAGUUGUUAGUUUAAAAGAAAAAUGAUUUCUUAUGCCAGUAUUCCCUAGGGCAUUUCAUGGAUUUCUUGUUUACCUUAACAAAAUUACCAUCCCCAAAAGAUAUGUCAUUUGUCCUUUCUUGUCUUUGAGUAUAAAGGAGUUAUUUUUAUCUCUUCCAAGUGACCUCCUAGCAAAAACUAAAAAAUACAGAUGAGUCCCAUAAAACAAUUAAGAUUCCUUAAUUGUUAGAGAGAAGUACACCUGAAUGACAGACAUCUUUCUCAGUAAAACCAGUCAUGAUGUUCUUGCCCCAAACUUAUAAUCUAUCACCUUUUCUCCUUUCCUACCAAAAUCCUUUCUUUCUUGUGUGUUAUUAAAGAAGAUCUCCUUCUCUGAGGGUUACAGGCUAAUUUACUAAGAUUGCUAUUGUUGACCCAGUUUGCUAACAUUUAUAGGCAUCACUGUUAAUAAACUGAUUUUGCUUAGAGUCUGUACUUCAGUCUACAUUGAUUAAAUUUAGUUGAGACACCUUGUUAUGGUAUAUAUAACAUCAUUGUUCAGUCUGUGCCCUUGAGGGGGUGAGUCUUGAUAUUAUUGUAACUAUGCCUCUACUUUUCUUUUCAUAGCAAAUUUCUAUAAUCAGGGCAAGUGAGCUGUAAAAGUUUUGUGAGUACAAUACUAAAUCUAUUAGUUAAUGGAUUGAUACUGGAAUGUCUCUGAGUUACCAUGACAGGAUACAAGUAUGAAAAAAAUCUAAUUUUAAUCUGUAUUAAUGGUCAGAUUAUAAUAGAAGAAUGAUGUUAAGGGAGGGGGAUUAGAUAAAAUAAUAAGAAAAAGAGGUAAUGUAAAAGUUUUCUAAUUAAAUGGGAAAAUGAAUUUUGUGAAAUCAACAGGAUUAGACUUUUCUCUAAGAACUAUUUGCACAUGUAGAUGAUUGGCUUCCAAAUAUAUUUUGUAUAGAAAUUCAGACUUUGAUUAUAUUUUAGUAAUAAUUUAUCUAAGUUGGAUUAAGAAUUUUACAUAUAAAAUUGCAUUGAUAAUCGUAAAGAAAGUGAAAUUAUUCUCCCAUUUUAAAGUAUCUGUCUGAUAAUUUUAAAAGAUAGAAGGUUUCAUUUUACAAGUUAUGCUCAUGACUUUUUUUUUUUUUAAGAUUCUUCCUAUCCUGUAUUGAUAUAGCUUUGUCCAUAUCAGGUACAGAGUUUAGGUCAAGAUAGAAACAGCAAGGGGUAUGUAAAAACUGAAAUUCUCUGGAGUUUCAGGUGAGUUUUGGGUUCCUGAUUUGAAUGUUCUUCAUAUAGCUCUGUUAUUAAUAGGAUUAGUACCAUAAGACUUGAACUAGUUUUUGACACAGGAAAACCAAUUUUAGGAAGUUGUACUAAAUUGUAUUAAGUCUUAUUACUGACAGAUUUUAAGAGAAUUACCUAGAAAACUCUACAAAGACUUCUGAGUCAAAGAAGCAGAGCCCCCUUCAGAGCUACCCUGAGAAUGAAGCCCAUUCUAGAAUGUUCAAGAGAAGACAUUUCCAAGUACCAGACGACUACAUGGAGCACCUGGGACUCAAUUAAAAAUGUACUGACUAAAUGGGGAUAAGGGACUGGGUUACUAGGAUGCUAGGAAAUUUGAUGUUAUUUAAUUUUGGUCAUCAUUGUAAUACUUUGGCCUUUUGUUUCAUAGUGUUUAUGUUUGCUGAGUUUUCUUGGUUAUUUUGGUGACAUGUAAAUCUCCCUUCUCAAAUUGGUCCUUGGUAAACCAUCAAAGAUUUGAUCUGUAGCCUGACUUAGUCCAUGAUAGGAUCCUUCUUUGUAGUUCACUUGGCUACAAGGUAAUGGUAGGUUAGCUACCAUAGCCAAAUAGGCUCUCUUUGUCCUGUGCAAUAUAAUUGUCUUAAGACCAUGUAUUAAAUUUAGCAUGUGUCAAAGUAUUCAUGAUAUUGAUUUCCAGAAAUCUUACCAUGGUUCAAGUAUUGAUAAGUGAUUAUCAGGGGAUAGAGCUGGCCCUAGCCUCCAAGAGUCAAAAUGGGAAAUUGUGAAAAUCGAGUGAACCACACUGAUUCCACCUUGUGACUCUGGAGCAAGUUCACUUCCCUUUCUAAUUCAAUUUCUAUCUUGUGAGAAAAUAUUAUUCAAUUAUGGGAAUUGUAAGAAAACUUAAUUGCAUUAUUUGAACCAAAACUUAUAUGGCUGGAAACAGAAUGACCUUUACCUAUUACUUAGAGACCCUUAACUAAGGUUUUGCUGACCAAAAACCCAUUCAGAUCUGAAGACUGAGGCAAGGAGAUUUCUCAUAAUUGUAUAUCUCAAGCAAUCAAAAUGUCUUCUCUGAAAACUGGCACCAUACUGAUCAAUCAUUUACUGUUUGUUCCUUUGUUUGAUUACAGAUACUUAGUGGGGAGUGGGAUACUUCUUUUUUCUAAAUUCAGGAAAUUUACUCUCCCCCUCCCAAUUGGAAAAUCCUUAAUCUUUCCUUCAACUAGAAAUCAGAUGACCUAAUCUUGUAUUCUGGUUUAUAUCUUAUUAAUUGCUUUCUUUUAAUGCAUACAAAUCUGUUUCCUCUUGUAUGCAGGGUCCAGUGCCAAGCUGAGGAGUUCUUGACCCAAUUUAUUACAAAGUUGACCUGCAUUGAUUUAAUAAAUUAAUUUGCUCAGAAGCUCAAA